UGACCAGCUUAGGUUUUACCUUAAAAUAUACAACGGGAUACGAUUUUAUUAUAAUGCAUUGAAUUAUAUUACAAAAUAUUUUAGUUAUUAUAUAAAUAACCGUACAAAAUGCUGCCGCAACUGACCAGGGAAUCCGCUCAGAACUUCUGUCGCACCUGUCUUAUCCAAUUGGACAAGGAGCUCCAAUCAGAGGCCAUUCCAAUCAGCCAGGAGCUGCAGCAGUUACUCAAUCUGAGGCUCACCAAGGCGGAUUCGAUGGAAAACCAGGACAUGGAAAAGUGGCUGCCCACUGCAAUGUGCCGGGAAUGCCGACAGUUGGUCCAGAAUUUCGAAAAGUUCCGCCGAAAAGCAGAGGAUUGCAGGCAGCAGUUGCUGGAAAUGCUGAGGAAGGACUCACGGGAACCCACGUUCGAGGUGGUCUACGACGACAGGGAGGAGGAUCAAGGAUCCCUGCAUAGUCUGGAGCCUCCUGAACCCGAUCCCGAUCCCGAUCCCAUCGAUGAGCCCGCCGAAAAGCAAGAGAAACCAGCAAGGAAAUCCUCCCGAGGCUCGAGGAACACGCUGAAGUGCUCCCUGUGCCGGCACAGCUUUGCCCACCAGAUCACCUUGGCGGCCCACAUCCGCAAGGUCCACGAGGGCAGCAAACGACCCUUCCAGUGCGAUCAGUGCGAGAAGGCAUACAGCUUCAUGGGUGGUCUGUACACGCACAUUCGGGAGGUGCAUGCCCCCAAGGAGCGGCGUCAUCCCUGCGAUCAGCCGGGCUGCGAGAGGAUCUACACCAGCCGCAUAGCCAUGCAGAAGCACAAAAGACUUAAGCACAGUCCCAGGGACAGGGAAACGCUGAAGAAAUUCAUCUGUGAGCAGUGCGGGGCCAGCUUUAAUCAGUCAGCGAAUCUAAAGUACCACCUGAGGACGAAGCAUCCCACGGAGGAUGAGGUGGCCGCCAAGGAGGGCGGCGCUGCAGAGCGUCACUUCUGCGACAUCUGCCAGAAGGAGUUCCAUUCGCAGUACACCCUCAGGUAUCACACGUUGCAGCAGCACGAGGGACAGGAGGAGCUGCCGCACGAAUGCCAGGUCUGUGGCCGCCGGAUGGCCAAGAAAUUCAUGCUGCUGCAGCACAUGCUCAUGCACUCCAGCGACAAGUUGCCCUGCGAGCACUGCGGCAGGCGGUUCGCUCGCAGAUUCGAACUGGAGGCCCAUGUGCGAGCGGUCCAUUUGAAGCUCAAGCCCUUCGCCUGUCGCCACUGCCCGGAGAGUUUUGCUUCAAGGAAGACCCUGCGGCACCAUGAGUACAUCCACACGGGCGAGAAACCCUACGUUUGCGGCACCUGCGGACAGGCCUUCCGGCAGCAGACGUGCCUCAAAAACCACCGGAAGGUGCACGAGAAGUAGGCUUAGCUAGCUAAUAAAAGUAAUUUCCUAAAUACAGUUUGUUUGCCCUGGAGUAUUCGCCACUUAAGGUGGCUUUUAAGGGUCUGUUUGUUGACAA